GCCUAUGCUUAUGCAAAGCUGCAGAGGGCAGACCAGAAAAGACACCUUCUCACCUUCUACCUCUCUCCUGUUCAGGUAGGCUUAGGGUCUCCUUGGUUCUUAGUCCUUUCCUCCAUAUCUUGCCAAGAAAAAAUGGAAGAAAAAACCUAACUACUUGAGCAAUUCUGCAACAGUGUUGAGUAGUGUAGCAGAGAGAGCAAAGCCAAGAGCAGUCAUGGUUGAAAAUUUUCUUACUUUGAUGUGGGGCUGGUUCACCGCAACUGGGCUUUUCUUUCUAUUGAACCUUAUGAUCGUCACCAUAGCCGUCAUGUCAAGGUUUGGCACCCAGAAAAAUCAACCCCACCUCACUCGAGCACCUUCCGUUCUGGAGCGAUUCAAAUCCUUCAAUCUCAACCGCUACAGAUCCGAAGAGGUGAGCCCAUUUCCAUCCCUUAUAACCUCGUUACAGCGACCGGAUUCGGUGACCUAUCAGACAAUGGAGCAGCAGGAGCAGCAGCUUGAGCCUGAGCUUGAUCCUGAGCCUGAGCCUGAGCCUGAGCCUGAGCCUGAGCCUGCCCAGGUUGAAGAGCCUGUUCACGACCAUCAUGUUACUCAAUCAAAAUCGGAAACGAAACCGAAAUCCGGCGACAAGCCGAUGAAGCCGCUUCAGAAGGUGAAGUCUGCGGAUUCGAUAUCGGCUUUAGGGUAUUUUGAAGAAGAAGAAAGCAUUGAUCUUCGUAGGCCGUCGACGGUGAAGGAAGGGAAGAGCAGAGCGAACGAAUUACAACAUUUUGGAGAGGACGAGGAGGUAGAUGCCAAGGCCGACGAAUUCAUCAACAAGUUCAAGCAACAGUUGAAAUUGCAGAAACUGGACUCGUUUAAGCAAUACAUGGAAAUGCUUACUAGGGGAGUUAAGUAAAGUAGAAAAUUUCUGGAACCCAUUUCCUAUAGCUGAUUUCAACCUUUUUUUUCUUCUUCUAUUUAGGGUAUUAUAAUAGUUUUAGAUCCAUCAUCCAUUAAUGAAGUAGUAAAGAAUCUGAGGAAGAAAAGCAUUUUCUGCAGUUGAUUUCGAAGUCUUUUUUUUUUCUUCUUCUGGGUAUAAUUGAUGGUUGCAGUAGUUUAGUAGAUCCAUCAUCUUCUAUCAAUGUUGUAUUUUUGUUGGAUAAUAUUGUGUUAUAUAUGUGCCCUUUGAUUACUUAUGAAGCUCCUGAACUUUGUUUUC